AUUCCAUCUAUCGGUCUCUGUCUCGUUUCCAGCUUCUUCGAAUAAAGUGUCAACCAAGGAGAAGGUUUCAGCAGCUUGGGCCACGGAAUGGAAUGGAGCAUGAAGCUCGAGAAAGCCCUUCGUUCUAAAAACUCAGAUACUUGUCUACAAACUAUGCAUGGCUGAUGAAUCUGAAUUACAUCAGCUCAUAGCUCUUGUUGAGAUGGCAUUCCAAAAUAUUUCUUCAAGAUAAGGUAUAAAAGUGUUAUGAAUAUAUUCAAAUGAUGAUUGAUUCUUUACUGUUGCUGUAUCUUCUUGGCUAAAUAUGUUUUCAAUUGAUUUGAACUUUAGGCCUUGUGUUGGUGCGGAGCUAUUUGCUCUUAGUUCAAACAGAAGCAAGAGUACUCCUGAUACAAUAUCAGUGGAACAAGGGUUUCAGCUUUCACUGGAUAUUUGUCUUCAGUUGAAAAACAUACAACAACCGCGAGUCCCUCUUCGACUAACCAAACUGUAUUGCCUCCUCUAUACUAAACUAGCUUACCACACUCCAACUCAACAACACGGUGAAACCAAGAGAAACCAAAAGUCUUAUUCCCCUUGGAGAGAUGAACAUCUGGUAGAAAUGAGUAACAAGCUAUUUCAUCAUGCUAUUACAAAGUCUAGUAAGAAGCAGCAAACUUCAGGCCGAUUUGAUUGGAACAACAACAACGGUGUUUCUGCGGUUGUGCAGUUCGAUCCAAGUGAGAGAGGACAAGGGUAUUCGAGCUGUUUGCUAGAUGUGACGCGUUUCCCUGUUGGUUCAUAUCAAUAUAAAAUGGCUUAGCUGUUGCGUUGAUCAACAUGGUUCUUACUGGAAUCUUCUACCUCUCAAUGGCGAACCUGUGUGUACCGUUAAGAAAGGUUCAUGACUAGAAUGUAAAACCAAGUGUGUCACCGAUCCUAGUUUUGACAUGGUGAAAGAUCCAAGGAGGAUCUAGUUUCGGGGCAAGCAUGAAAAGAGAUAGAGAAUGGCUUGGUUGGGGAGUUUAAGACCAAUCUCAAGAUUUGCAGCUGUGAUUGAGUAACCAAUUGGAAUCGAUUUGGGGUCUGGUCAAUCUUUAUGCCAAGGAUUUAGGAACAAUGGACAAUAUAGUUAAUGCUUUUGGUUUUGAGAAUACUUCAUAAGCUGCACAUAAAAAAGAUCUGUAAAGACACCAUAGACACUCUGAGUUGUUUUAUUAUCAAGAGCUUAGGGAGCUUGGGCUCCAAUACGGGAAGCCACUUGGGUUCAAUUCGCGCUGGCCACCGGGGCAUUCACAUUCUCUCUCCGGGGAAAGGGGCAACCCACUUUUUUUACCAAAAAAACUUAGGGACUUUCAUUUAUAGUUGCUUGAUUUUAACGUUACAUUAGUUUUCUUAGGGUGUUCGAACCAAAUUUUUGUGGUUGGUUAUGUUAUGUAACUCAGAUUGUAGACUGAUCCAUGAUCUAGAUAAAUAAGUAAAAAUUUUGUUUGAUUAAUUCAUGAGAUCCGGGGAAUAGCUAAAUUUAACUAACCUAACAUGACCACAGUGUAAUUAGCUGCAUCUGUAAAAAAUAAAGGGAAAUAUUAGUCUGUUUAAAUGGGUCUGAAGAAAAUUUGAUCCUUUUCUUGGAAAAUGAAAAUCUCAUAAUUUCCAGGAAGACCAUGGAACAUGUUGAGCAUCACCCGAUGCCAGUGUACAUUGCAUUUACAUUCUGUCUUUAUUUUCUUGCGAUUAGAAAUCAAAACAAACACCCUUUUUGUCUUAGCUUCAAGAAUAGUCGUUGUGUAACGUUGGUCUUUGUGAAUUCAGUCCCUGAAAUACUAUUGCGGUUCUUAGUGCAUUUGCAUUAUACUUAAAAUGUAAAUUCUGAUCGUAUCAAGUUUUUGGCAUCAAUGAAAGCCAAUUGAGAGGAAAUAAAUUCAGUAGUCAAAAUGAUAUAUGCCUUGAAAUUAAUUUCAUUGAGUGAAAUAAAGCAAAAUUCAUCUGAAUAUACUAAUAAAACUAUUUUUCUACGAAUUAUUAGAAGAUACAUAAAUUUAAUAUAAUUCAAUAGUUUCUAAACAAAUUUCAUAAUAUAAUUGGUUAUACAAAUCCAAUAAAUGUAAGAGCUGCAAAAAUAUAAACCAGAUAAGAGUGAAUAUAUCAGUUAACGAAGCUAACUCUUAAAGCAAAUGCUGAAUUAGCACACGGUAAGAAAGAUGAGAUAUAGAUGCAAACAUAUCAACCUUUUAAACUAUUCUCGCCAUGAACUGAGGAACUCCAUCCGGAGAAAAUUAGCUAAUUGUAGAGCAUGGUUAGGUCUACAUAUUCAAAGCAAAGAAACAUCCGAAAAUUAGAUAACUUAUUUCACUGACGUUAUUUGUUAACUUCGACAACAAGAAAUGAUGUCUAAAAAACUCAAGAAACUAUCACAUGUUACGGCCACAAUCCUUGACUCAAAAGCAUAUUCCAUAUAUGUUGUUAAAUUAUGGUUACUACAAAAAUGAUUGUUUAUUUUUCAACUCUUCAUUUAACAUGUUUUUCGUUAGUUUAUUCAGCUCUCUAUUUAUCGUGCAACGGACAUUAGCUUAUUCCCCCUCAACGACCCUUAAAAACAAACUUUCUUUUGCCUAUUUCAUUGGCCAGAAUCUGAGAUUUUUUUCAACAGAACCAUAUCAUAAUCUAGGUAGGAUCUGGGAUUUUGUAUGCUAUAAACAUUUCUUAAGAAUUUUAAUAAAUAAAUAAAUAAAAGACAUCUUUAUAAUUAUAGGAAUAUAUACCUUUUUAUAUAACCUUCAAAAAAUUUGGGAUUCAAAACCAAUGUUUCAUAGCAUAUGCCCAUAUCCGGUCCUGAUCAUAAUCUCAACGAGAAACAAACGCAGAUCGAACCAAAGGAUAGUCCAGAUCGAACUGGAAGUAUAAUAUAUUAAAUGAUGCAUGAUUUUGGAAAAAUUUCGUACUUUAUAACCAAAAAAAACCCCUUAAUCUAAUCCUAGGCAAGAUAAUAAACCUUUUACGCCAGAGAAGCACAAACAGAGGUGGAGAACAACGUGCGCUCCUCUUAACAAAAGUUUUAACAAUAUAUAUCAUUCUCUCUGCAUGCAUCUUCUUCACAACCAAUCUCUCUCUCUCAAGAAAAGACAAAUAAAAAACAAAAGAAAAAAACAAAAUGAGACUACAUUGCUUUGUUUGCUUGUUACUAUUUCUCCUCACAGUUUCAAUGAAGUUUAAAGAGACAUUAUCCUUCAGAAGAAGAGAUAUGACAAAGCUUUCAGAAUACCAAGACAAGAUCCAAGAAAGACUCGCGAUCACUCCUACUCUCCCACCAUUGUCAUCUUCUUCUCACAUUCCCAAAAUAGUAAGCUUCUACAAAGUGGUAUAUAUAUAUACGUUCUUAUAAAUUGUGAGUUUAUGAGAUUGGUUUGUAAAGGUGGGGAAGGUGAUAUACCCGAUUGGUUACGGAGCUGAUCCGACAGGUAGACAAGACAGUAGUGACGCAAUACUUGAAGCUUUAACCGACGCUUUUAAGUUGCAAACCGGGCUUCACAUGAUGCCACAUGUAGCUGAUUUAGGAGGUAUAGUUAUUGAUCUCCAAGGUGGCAAUUACAAGAUUGGGAAACCUCUCAGGUUCCCUUCCUCCGGCGGUGGAAAUCUAGUGGUUAGUCCCUGAAAUAAAAUCCAGAGUCUUUGCUUAAGCAUUUUACAAAAAAAUAAUAUAUGUGACAGUAGCAAUAUCGUGUUUUUGGUCUUCGAUCUUUAGUUUAGUCAUAAGACUAUGCUACAGGUUAUUUUCUAGUUACCUUAACUGGUGUAAGGCUUUUCUGGAAUUUUCAGUUUAGGGUUUUUUCCAGUAGGAUUGUUUUAGGGAAAAUUGGAUAAAUAGGACACUUUGAACUUGGAUUUGUCACAUUAGGAUUUCUAGAAGAUAUUUUAGGAAAAUAGGAUUUUAGAUCUUGUAAAAUACCAAAGUACCCUUAAUUUACCAAUUAUGUUGAAUUUAAAUUAUAAAUUAUAAUAAUUUUCGUAAUAGAUUUUAAUGUUAAAAUUAAAAUCUAUAAAAAUUAAAAAAUAAAAAAAACACUAAAUGGGAAAAAAGGAGACGCGGGAUGCCGCAAACCUAAUUCCCCUUUCUCUUUGUCUUCUCCGUCGUAGACUCGUCGCUCUCCCACGGCGAUUUAGGGUUCAACGGUGAGAAGCUCUGUUCUUCGUCGGUGUUUCAUCAGCCCGUGGUCUCUACUCUCGUCUCCGUCACCAUCCUUUUCGAUCUCACUGAAGACACAACGGCUGCGAAUCGUUCUUCCUCUUCGUCGGGUCAAAUCGAUUUUCGAAGUGUUCUUCCAUCAAUUUCGCCUCUCAAUCUCACAAUUCUUCACAGAAGGUAUUGGAUUUCAUCUAUAGAUUCUCAUAUUAAACGAAAUCGAAGUGUUCUUCCAUUAAAGCUUGAUUUUUUUUUAAAAUGAUUUGCCGUGUUUCUUAAAAUAAUUUUGUUUCACGGAUUGGUUGAUAUUAUUGAAACCUUUACAUGUGUGAUGAUAUUGAAACCUUUACAUGUUGAACUAAUAAUUUUGUCACGGUUUGUAGCUAUGUCUGAGGAGCUACCGAAGAGGCUUUUUAAGGAGGGCGAGGAGCCCCGAGUUACUCAGAUCAACAACAACUGCAGGAUCGACUACAUAAUCCGAAAGUUCCAAGCGUGGCUGCCAAAGGAGUUGGAUGUCGUGAAGAAAGACCCGGUUUUUCAUCAGAUUUUUAAGCUCCAUGAGAAUGGUCUUGGAUACUCUGCGAGGGUGAUACACAGCUUCUUGUGUAGGGAGCUGGUGACUUUCUUACAGCACGAGCUAUGGUUUGUCUUUGCGAGGAGACCGCUUCGAUUCUCAUUGCAAGAGUUCCACGCCGUAACCGGGUUUGAAUGCGAUACUCACAUUUCGAUUGAGGAGUUUGAAGAGUGGAAAUAUGAUGGUGGUUUCUGGAGCAAGGUUUUGAGGAGAAAAGAUGGAACAAUUACACUCUUCAACCUGUGGACUAAGGACAAGGAAGCUGUAAAGAAAUGGAAGAAUGCAGAUCGCAUACGUCUUAUCUACUUGGCGAUCAUUCUUUGUGUGGUAUUGGCGAGAGAUGAGAAGGCUAAUAUCCCCCUGAAGUACAUCGCGGUGGUCAUGGAUCUUGACAGAGUUCGAAGGUAUCCUUGGGGAGUUGCUGCUUAUGACCUUCUCUGCAAAUCCAUAGCCAAAAAUCGUUCCCAACUGAAGGAAAAGACCACUAGCUAUGUCUUGGAUGGCUUCUCAUACGCCUUGCAGAUUUGGGCAAUGGAAGCGGUGCCAAAAAUCGGGAAGCUUUGUGGAAAAAAGCUGGAUAAGGGUUUCAAGGACGGUCCUAGAUGCAUAAACUGGAUGGGAGCUGCGAAGGUGUCAUAUGAGGAGAUCAUUCGCUUGGAGGAGAUUAUUACACCCAAGGAUGACAUCUACCCAUACAUCUCAUGGACAGGAAAUUAUGAUGUUGUCAAAGCUCAGGCGUUUCGCAGAGAUGAUGAUGUGGAGGAUGACAGAAUCAAGGUUCUGAUGGAGAUGAUAAAGAAGGGGCAUGAUUUUAGUGAGCAUGUUUGGGAAACUGAAGAAAAUGAAGUGAUUUCUUUAUCUCUCGAUGACGAAUCAGCUGUGAAUGAUGAAGCAAGCGUGAAUGUUGAAGCAGCCGAGAGUGAUGACGACUUUCAGACUCCGAAAGGAUCAAAAAACGUUGGUUCUAGAUCAAAGAGGGGUAAAAAGAGGCUUCCCGAUCGUGGUAUGGAGAAGAGAAAGCAUAAGGUUCUCGCAAGUGGCGCAAAGCAAGCUCCUUUUAAUGAAGACAUGAAGGCUUUUAUGACACAGUUGUUUGAGCACAACUUCUCUGGAAUGGAACAAAGGAUACAGAAACAGAUGGCCGAGACAUUUGAGCAGAUGCGGACAGAGCUUAAACAAUCACGUAAGGAAGCCAGCGUUGAAGUUGAGCUUGGAGAGCCUUCACCGACAAAGCCAUCGACGAGCCAGGCACCGUUGAGGAGGUCCACACGCGGGGUAAACAAACACUAGUCUUCACCAUCCUCUUCAAUGUUAUUUUGUCUUGUUUAAGUUCGUGGUUUGCGUGUCUGUUUGUUUUAUUGGCAUCUAAGUUAUCGGCCUGAAUUUUGUUGUACUUUAUAAGGUCUCGGUUUGUAUGUGUGCUUGGUGUGUAAGUGUUCUUGGUUUGUAAGUGUCUUGUUUGAACUUAUGUAAUGGUCUGGAACUUUUAUGUAAAAUAAUUAUUAAUGAUAAUGUAUUUUGGUAUCUCAAUUAUUGCUUAUUUGUCAUGAAAUAACAGGAUGGUUCCGAGACUACAUUCGAUGUGAAUUAUAGUGAAGCAGAUGAUUUGGGUCGCGGGAUAGGUACACAAGGGGUUGAAGGGCUUUCUCAGACGUCGUAUGUGCCAGGCUUUGAUCCAUCUCAGGACAAAAAAGAAGAAGACUGGUGGACUCCAAUGACUUCGGUCCGAGGUUCAGUGGAUAAUCCAGUAAAGAAAGAAAAGACAGAGAUGAAUACAGCUCCACCGCCGUCACAGUGGGAGAAAUGGUGCAAAAGAAAAGGUCAUGGACUUCAGCUUAGCGAUUCACCAUUGCCAGAAGAUGCUUCUCCGCAGGCGUCACUUUAUUAUAUCUCCGAAGAGUCAUGGAAAGGAUUCACGGAAUGGGCAUUAAAGCCUAUACCUUUAACAAUUGGUCCUACAUGCUUUAAUUUGUCUGUAGCUACAAGAGUAGUAAGUGCUGGAAAAUGGCUUGGAAACGAGGUAAUGAAUCUUGUACUAACCUUUAGUGAAUUUAUCUUCCUAACACUUCUUAUAUGCUAUAUUACUUAACUUUCAUUGUAAAUUUUUAGGAGAUGGAUGCGGUUAUGUUUAUAUGGCGUGUGAACACUACAUUGAAUCGUUGGGCCCCUCGGCGUGUUGCUUUCAUGAGUGCUAUGUUUUGCCUCCAAGUAGACGCUGCAUACAAGAAGUUUUUACCAAACAAAAAAGCCUAUCAAUUGCCUGAUUUCCUUCUUGGGUACGGCAGAGGAGAGCUUCCAUCUCAUGGGCGGACUGAUCUAGUUUGGGGUGUUGAUGUUGAUCGACUCUACUUUCCUCUGUUUGUAAAUGGUAACCAUUCAGUUCUUUUUACAUCCUAGUAUACAUUUCUUCGUUUACAAAUUUUUGUGGACACGAACGCAGGUAAUCACUGGGUUGGUGUCUGUGUAAACAUCAUUGAAAGAAAAGUAGAAGUCUUUGAUUGCGGUCGGGGAAAGAACAGACAGUACGUUGAGAAGUUUGCUGCUAUCAUUCCUAGGAUUGUGAAGUCCGUUGCACCACAAGAAAGACAGAAGCAGCUACUCCUCUCAUCAUAUUCUAUCGUGGAUGUGCCUAUGAAGUUGAGAUUGAAUAAAAGUUGUUGUGAUUGCGGUGCAUACGCUUUGAAGCACUUGGAAUGCUCGCUGCUUGGUCUUGACGUCAGUUUAGUGGAUGAUGAAAUCAUUAUGGGUUGUAGACAGAAGAUUGGAGUGGACUUAUGGGAGGCUGCACACGACCCCAUCUUUGCUGAGGUUAUGACACGAUAUGUGCCUUCACCAUGGGAGAGGUCUGAGGUCUUUGACCUGGAGGAUGAUUGAUUAACUGUGAUUUUAGUAGUUUGGUUUGUUAGAAUUAGAAAACAACUUUGGCUUUGGUAUUUGAUUUGAAUUAAGAAACAA